AUGGACAGUACCAACUGGACCAGGGAUAUUAGAAGGCUGACAUCCACUCAGAAACCGUUCAAGACCAGGGAUGCGUACAACAUGCUGGCUCUCGCGCCGUCGUUGCAAGAUUUCCAUGGCCAAUGGAUUUGGGGCACAAAAGUUCCGAACAAGGUGAAGAUCUUUGCAUGGUUAUACUUCAAGAACAGGCUAAACACGAAGGCAAAUUUGUUUGACAAAAAUGUGAUGGAGAACUCCAUUUGCGGCCGAUGCAGUCAUCCAUUAGAAGACCGGCGUCAUGUAUUCUUUGAUUGCAAGCUUAGCAAGGACGUGUGGCUUGUCUUGGGUCUCCGUUUUCUCCCCGAUGCUACGUUUGGGCGCAUGGAAGGGGACUGCCAGCAAGACCCGGCGACCUUCAGUACUUCUAACCAUCUUAUGGCGACUAUGGGAUUCAAGGAACAGAGACAUCUUCCGGAACGAAAGGCAGCUUCUGCGUGA